AUGAACCCCACGUCCUUCUCGUACAGUCUGCCGGAGUCGCCAAACACACCGCGACACCGACGCGAGUCGUCGUCCACAUACUUCUCCGACGUGUCCGAUUCGACAGCCUUCUCCGAAGUGUCGGACGAACCAAUCAGACACAAGGCCACCCCCACAAGCACCAGAACCAGCUGCUGUGUGAAAAAGCUGCCUCCGGAAAUCUGGACCGACAUCUUCGAGCUGAUGGAGCCCGAAGACGUGCCAAAAAUCAACCUGAGCUGCAAGUUCUUCUACGACGUGACACGUGAUCAGGACGUGCUCAACAAGAUAGGGUUACGUAAGCUCCACAUUGCCAGCUUUCUGCCCUUCAACAGCUACCGGCGGUUCCACCGCCACUACCGGAAUGUCGUUUGGAUGGGGAAUGGCGUUUGGUGGGGCGACCGGGGUCUUUUCGGCUCGUUUUUGCGAACAUAUUACGACGUGACGGGCGGGGGCUUCGGUAUGCAGUUUCUGGUGGUGACCGAGUGCCAGCAGAGGCAGGAUGGUGCAAAUAGCGACGGAAGUUAUCGCGGAACCAGUGCUGGCACCUAUCGCGGCUAUAGAGGUCCUGUCAACGAGGGACCCGGACGGGGACCCGGACGGGGACACGAACUGGGAUCCGGAGCUGCGAUUCCAGUCGCUGGUACUGUCGAAGCCAGCUCUGGCACUUCACCAACGGUGUUGCCCUUCUCUCCUCUGCUUCAGCUGGCCCCAGUGUCCAUCUUCUGCACCCCAGACCUUUACUAUGACCAGCUGGGAGAACUACAUCCCGCUGCAGUAGCGGAACAAAUCUCAUACGCCGUGCAGCGGUGCGAAAACAUGAGUUUGGCUCGUGACCCUAACAACUACGGUUCACGCGACUCGCUAUGGCCUCCCCUGGGCCAUUCGAUUGAGCGCACAUCAGUGUCGCCGUCUUCUGGCGCUCCUCUGUGUCUCGCGGAUGCUUCCCACAACCUCUUUCGGCUCAGGAAACGACUGUGUCCAUUUAGAACGCCUUCCAACGAAGCUGGCGGCUUGACAGAGACGUUUGGCCGCCUGGAGAGCUGGUUUGGGUUCCUAGGAGGUGUGUUUGUGGCCCCGGGUAUCUGUGACGACGGCCCUGUGUUCCUGAAUCUUCACCAGACCAACUCUCAGCUGACCGCGACCCACAUCACGGGAGGUUUGAGAAUCCCUCGUGGAGAAGUUGCGUUUGUGAGCGACUUUACAGAGGUGGAGAAUGGGGUGGAGCAGUUCAAGGGCUGCAAGGCGUACUCUGGAUGGGCUCAGGUAGCCCAGCACAACUACGUGGAUCCCGAGUAUGUGCCUGUGGUGAUGAUCAUGGUGGAUGAGAACACCCUGGCGGUGUGGUGGAGAAGCGGAGGGGUGGUGACUAUGGUCAAGAGAGUCGACUUGGCUUCGGUAAGAGCAGGCACUCCUAGAUUGAGUGAGCAGACAAAGAGCGCUGCCAGUGCGUUGAAGCAAUGCAGGUGA